UUCGGUUGGGUGCAGCUACCAGCACUUGCCUUGCUGAAGCACACCGUUGGAAAGAGCAUAGCAUCCUUUCAGCGAUACAGCUAUUCAAAUGGCCCCCAAGAACAAAGAUUCGGGCAAGUCUGGCUCAGCAGGCGGUAAAGGCAAAGGAAAGGGCAAAGACGAUGAAGCCUCAGCUGGCGGCAGUGGUAAGCUGAAGGCAGCCCAGUCCAUCAAUGCCAGACACAUACUAUGCGAGAAGCACUCAAAGAAAGAAGAAGCUCUAGCAAAGCUGCGUGAUGGUGCCAAAUUCGAUGACGUGGCAAGAGAAUUCUCAGAGGACAAAGCUCGACAAGGCGGCUCGCUAGGCUGGAAAGUGCGUGGCAGUCUACAUGGCGACUUUGAAAAGGUGGCAUACGAUUUGGAACCAAGCACCACAGCCAAUCCCAAGUGUAAGUUCCUUAUCUCAUUCCAAAAUUAAUGAAUGUGCAAUAUUGGGAUCUCCCCUGUCUGUACAAAGGACCUGGUUCUAAAAAGAAUGAUCCGACGCUCCAACCCCACGGUAACAUGUCGCUUGCUGAAAAUGCUGCCCGAGUCGCUCAAAU